GCGGUCCGAGGCCUGUUCUUUUCGGGAGCCCCCGCCCGCGGACGGCUCCGACUGCACGUUCCCCAUUUCUGACGGAGGUCGGGGACUGUGGUCAGAAAAACUUACGCUUGUCAGUCUGCUAAAACUGUGGGGAAUCCACGAGGCUGGCUGUGUCUGGUCCUACCUGUCCACCCCAGACCGGCCCCUAUGUUCCAAGAUCCUCUCAGGCACCAGUCGCUAGCCGCAUUCCUGUUCCCUGACUCUCGAAGCUCAAUCGUUCUUCCCCGUUACCCCAUUCAGCUACUGUCAUGCCUUCUUCCUCAUGACCCCAUUCAGUUGCUGUUCAGACACUUAGGCUCCAUUCUCUUAGUUAGUGUACUAAGGUUCUGUCCCUGUUUCCCCAUCCCGGCUUGUCCCUCAGGACACAUCCCUACACUUUGACCAUAUAUCCCCGGUCUCUAGGCUCCAAGCUGCAGGUCGUGCCCACUUUCCUGUCCGUCACUCAGGCCACAUCACUCAUGAUGAUUGUGCUCAGUAGCCUGUAAGGCCUGCAAGGAGUUCAAACUGCUCUCCCAGUCUUCUAACCUGGCUCGGAGGCCCAGGCCACGCCCCUGCUCUCUGGUCCCGCCCCUGAUCGUCAGUAUCGGCCGUCAUCACCGGCCCCAGGUCUGGCCACUCCUCCGCAGUAUUCUAGUCUUGCUAACCCCCUAGUCCUCACCUCUAACCCUCCGAUCCCUCUCUCUGAGUCGAUCAUUUGCGUCUCGCCCUCUUUGCAGGCAACGGCAAAUCUUCGGGCCUUACUCCUAAACUUUUCCUGCUCCUGGUCUACCAGCCGGUUUCAACACUCAGGCCCCACCCCUUUCUCCAACUCCGCCCUGGCCCCGCCUUCGCCCAGAGGUUCCCACUCACCGACUCCUCCAGCCGACCAAAGUUCAGACCGCGGCCCCCGGGGCCCAGGGCAGGGCGGGGAACGGCCGUAGCAGAAAAUAACCGAAAAGAACGGGAGCGAAGCGGUAGAUGGCAAGUGGGCGAGACAGCGAGGGCGGACCCCGAGAUCUAGGCCCCGCCCCCGGGCUCGAGGCCCCGCCCUCCCGUGAGACAGUUGCAGGCCGGCCCAUUACGAACCUGGAUCUCCCUUUGAAAUAUUCCGACGUCUUCUUCCCCGCCCCCAGACCUUGCAGUCCUAGGCCACACCCCUUUAGAGUGUAAUCCUUAGCCCCUCCUCUUUAAAAUGCUCCGCCCCCGCCGUUAGUCCCUCCCUCGAAGCUCCGCCCAUUACGAACACUGCCACGGAGCUCCUCCCUUUCAGCGCUCUCGUGGGCCCCGCCCAUAAGACAAUUUACCUCUAAACUCCACCCUUCAGGACCCCACAACAUAUCUUCCAUAGACCCUCUCUUUCUUUGGGCCUGCCUAAAAGGCCCAUCCACCACGGAGCCGCCCCUUCCAUGACGCAAGCGCUUGUACGCGCCCUCGGCGUCCUCACCGACUCUCCUUCCCAAGGCCCUCCGACCCCGCCCCCUUGCGAAUGCUCCCAUCUCGCCCCACCCCUUUUCGAACUCUACCAGGUUCCCCCUCCCUCCCCCGUCGCCCCGGCUCCCGGUGCCCGUCUCUAGCGCCGCUGGAGCCAGCGAGGGAGCCGGAGCGAACAGGAGGAGGAGGAGGAGGAGGAGGAGGAGGCCAAGUCGCCGCCGCUCGGAGCCCGGCCGGAGCCUCCCAGGUACAUGGUUCAGGUCCGAGCCGUGGUGAUGGCCCGAGAUGACUCCAGUGGGGGCUGGCUGCCUGUGGGGGGCGGGGGCCUCAGCCAGGUGAGCGUUUGUCGGGUCCGAGGGGCCAGGCCCGAGGGGGGGGCCCGCCAGGGGCACUACGUCAUCCACGGGGAGCGCCUUCGGGACCAGAAAACCACCUUGGAGUGUACUCUGAGGCCAGGCUUGGUUUAUAACAAAGUGAACCCCAUCUUCCAUCACUGGAGCCUGGGUGACUGCAAAUUUGGACUGACGUUCCAGAGUCCUGCAGAAGCUGAUGAGUUCCAGAAGAGCCUGCUGGCCGCGCUGGCUGCGCUGGGUCGAGGCUCGCUUACCCCCUCUUCCUCCUCCUCUUCCUCCUCCCCUUCCCAGGACACAGCAGAGACCCCUUGCCCUCUGACGUCCCAUGUGGACAGCGAGUCCUCCUCCAGUCACAGCCGCCAGGAGACGCCUCCUACCGCCGCGGCGGCCACUAUCAUCACGGUGGAGUCAGCUUCUGGCUUCGGGCCAGCUACAUCCCCCCAGCGCCGCCACUCCUCCGCUCAGAGCUACCCUCCGCUCCUACCGUUCACGGGGAUUCCGGAGCCCUCAGAGCCCCUGACUGGGGCAGGGGGCCCGGGCUGGGGUGGCCGUGGCUAUGAGGAUUACCGGCGCGCCGGGCCGCCCGCGCCCCUCGCCCUGUCCACCUGCGUCGUGCGCUUCGCCAAGACCGGCGCGUUGAGGGGCACAGCCCUGGGGCCCCCUGCCGCACUACCCGCCCCUCUCGCCGAGGCUGCGCCUCCAGCGCCCCCCGCUCGCCCACCCCCGGGUCCCGGCCCUGCCCCUGCGCCUUCCAAGGCUUCCCCCGAGGCGGAGGAGGCGGCGCGCUGCGUGCACUGCCGGGCGCUCUUCCGCCGCCGCGCGGAUGGGCGCGGUGGUCGCUGCGCGGAAGCCCCGGACCCGGGUCGCCUGCUGGUGCGCCGGCUCAGUUGCCUGUGGUGCGCCGAGAGCUUGCUCUACCACUGCCUGUCGGACGCGGAGGGUGACUUCUCGGACCCGUGCGCCUGCGAGCCAGGCCACCCGCGUCCCGCGGCGCGCUGGGCCGCGCUGGCCGCGCUCUCCCUGGCUGUGCCCUGCCUCUGCUGCUAUGCGCCCCUGCGCGCCUGCCACUGGGUCGCGGCGCGAUGCGGCUGCGCAGGCUGCGGGGGUCGCCACGAGGAGGCGGCGCGGUGAGAACGGCCUGGUGGGUCCGGUAGCUGCACCAAGGACCCCAAACUGAGGGUCCAGGACCCUGGACUCCGUUCGGACCCCCAAACCCAAACCUAGGCACACCCGGAGCUUGGAGCUUGAGUUUGGAUUGAGAGACCCCAGACCUGGAACCUGGACCCCAAACCUAGGACUGAGAGACCCCAGACCCAGCUUCACUGGGAUGUCUGUCCAAGAGGUCCCAGGCACCCUGAGUUCUGGCACCUCCAUCCUGCCACCAACCCCCUCCCUGACCUAGACUGGGGAGACUCCAGGCAUCCCCAAACCCUUCACCUCAGGCAGGCUGGGGAGCACAUGUAUCCCCAAGAGACGCAGGGCCCUGAACCCCGACUCCCUGUUGAAAUAACCAACCCAGACCCUAUGAUGCCUGACACAUGAGCCCUCAGAUUACAGUGAGUCAGGACCUGUCGAUAACCUGACCCUGCCUGCAUACAAUUAACUCCUGGAUCUUGAGACCAUAGAACUCAGAUGCACCCCAAAUGGUCCCUGAAUGCUCACCUAAAAUUUGGGGUACCCAUAUCUGAGAUAGUCUUGUAGCCCCCUAGGACCCUAGAGGCACCAAAACCCCUCUCAAGAUGCCCUGAGUCCAUAGGUGUGCCCAGACACAUGUUCUCUGCCCAAAAUGACUUGCAAGACUCAUCUCUGAGCCUCCCCGUGUUUUCCCCACCAAGAUCUAGAUGUCAGACUCCAGGAUGCUCUGGGAACCAAGGAUCAAAGACCUCUGUAGACCCACUCAUCCCAAGCCAGUGUUCCCAGAGCUUUGGAUCUCAUACAUAGACUCUGAGGUGCCUAAUACUCCCAGAUGUAGUAUUGAAGGCCCCCAACCCCUUAGGGCCCAAGGCACUGGUCUCAAGUCCUCAGAUAACCCUCUUUCAAAACCUCUUAGACUCGGAUUUCAAGCCCCAGAAUGGCCUGGAAUCUUUGGCUGCUUUGUACCCACAGAUCCCCAAUCCCCUCAAGGCUGGAAGCUCAUCUCCCAGAUGAUGGGAUGUUCAUGGCAACACAGGCCUCUCACCCCUUGGCCCCCAGCCCCUGAAUGACCCCGAGGUGCUUUGGGAGCACUGGUCCCAAGACCCCAAGGUGCCAUUGGUUCCCCAAAUUCAGGGCUUAAGCCUACACAACAUUGAGAUUGUCCCUAACUCAAGACCUUGGUCUGUCCACACCAGAGACAACUGAGGUGCUUCAGGACAGUAGCACCUUCAGAUCCCAGAUUUCUGUGGACUCAGACCUCUUCAGCCUGAUAUUCCCUGAUACCUGCUGCCCUUGAAUCCUGCUGUCCAUAAGCUCCUGAAACCCCAAGGUCCCAGACCUCCGAAUUUGAACUUUAAGGGCCCCAUCCCAAGCCCCCAGCAUCUCACAGAACUACUCCUUUACUACAGUAAAAACAA